AGUCGGGGAGGGCCGCGCAGUCGGACCGGCUGCUGAGACGAACGCUUCACUGGGGCAGUCUCCGCAUAUCAUGGGGAGAUAGACGCUGCUGCCUGUGAGUCUUGGGCCCUGGCAGUUGAGGAACAAGAGCGGGAGGAGGGAGUCAGGACCCAGACCUACAGUGGGUCAGUGUUCGAAGGACCAGGUUGUGGACGAGACGGGGCUGUGAGGAUUCAGGCUCUUGGGAAGGGACUGACUGAGAGGAUCAGGCUCGGAGAAGACGCGGCUGUGGGGACCCGGGCUCCAAGACGGGACUUAGGGAACGGGGACGGAUGCGAGUUCUCCGGCAUCUGAGAGAAAGUGGUCUGAGAGGAGCAGGAUUAUGAGGACCCGCAUUCCUACGAGGAAAGGGUCAGAAAGGAACGGGGCGUGAAGACACAGGCUCCGGAGAGGUAAAAGUGGAGCGGUGAGGACUUGGGCUCCUAAGAGGCAGAAGCGGGACAGUGAAGACCCGGGCUCCUAAGGAUUCAGAAACGGGGCAGCGAAGACUUAGGUUCCUGAGGGGCAGAAGCAGACAGAGAAAACUUGAGUUUGGAAGGGAACAGAAGCGGGCAGUGAAGACUGGGGCUUCUUUGGGCACGGGAUCCGGGCUUUGAGACUCCGAGUUCCUGAGUCUCGGAACAGGGCUUUAAUUGGCCUUGGUCCUCACAGCUCCAAAAAGAAACAGGAUCUCGAUAAGCUCUAUGAGCUGAAGUCCAAAGCUCGGCAGAUUAUGAACCAGUUUGGCCCCUCAGCCCUAAUCAACCUCUCCAAUUUCUCAUCCAUAAAACCGGAACCAGCCAGCACCCCUCCACAAGGCUCCAUGGCCAAUAGUACUACAGUGGUAAAGAUACCAGGCACUCCUGGGACAGGAGGUCGUCUUAGCCCUGAAAACAAUCAGGUAUUGACCAAGAAGAAAUUACAGGACUUAGUAAGAGAAGUGGAUCCUAAUGAGCAGUUGGAUGAAGAUGUGGAGGAGAUGCUGCUGCAGAUUGCUGAUGAUUUUAUCGAGAGUGUGGUGACAGCAGCCUGUCAGCUUGCGCGGCAUCGCAAGUCCAGCACCCUGGAGGUGAAAGAUGUCCAGCUGCAUUUAGAGCGCCAGUGGAACAUGUGGAUCCCAGGAUUUGGCUCUGAAGAAAUCCGACCCUACAAAAAAGCUUGCACCACAGAAGCUCACAAACAGAGAAUGGCAUUGAUCCGGAAAACAACCAAGAAAUAACACACGGAAAGGUCAGGGAAUGGACAGCAAUGUAUUUGGAGAUACUUGAGCUGAGAACUCAGCCAUCUCAUCCUUGGAUUUUUUUUUUUUAAUGCUUUACAGAGAAGCAUAUAUUUUUUAUUAACAGUGCAGCAAUAUCUAUAAUGACUGAGAGGAUCUGCCAAAAGAAUAAAGCCUCCUACCCCAACUUCCGGUCCCUUUUCCCUGCCAUCUCAAAGAGGAGCAAUGUAUCUUCCAGAGAAGAUUUUAUUUGUGGUUUAUUAUAUAAGUGACUGAAUAUGGGACAAAGCAUUAUGGUCUUUUUGGGUAAGACAGUAUUAGCAGGAUUUGUAAAGGGUUUUGUUUCCUUCUCCCUUCCCCUUUUCCCUGUACUUUGUAAUGUCAGUGUUUAUAUGAAUAUGACUUUCAUUUGCUUUUCCAGAAUAAAGAAGUUAUUAAUUGAAA